AUGAUCCUCCAAGCGGGCAACCCUCGGGAUUGCCGCAGCAGUCCCAAGCCCACUGCAAGCGCGCCUUCAUCCCAGCAAUCCGCGGAGCCACCGGCGCAGCAGCCGCCGCAGCUGUCGGCUCCCCCACAGGCACCGCCUGCUGGAAGCGGGACAGAGCCGAGCAGCGAUGCGCGGAAUAACGCACUUGCUCCGCCUGCUUCCCAAGAAGUUGCGCCUCCGCCUUCCCCUGCGGAGGGAGAAAGCGUGAGUGGAGCGGCGGCGCAAGAGGAGGGGGGCGCGGAAACGUCGCGCGAGGAGGCGGAGCAGCUGUCGACGACGUGCGGGCUGACGGAUUACAUCAGGCAGUCGGGCACAUGUGACAGCAAGGGGCGGCGCACGGUGUCGUUUGUGAAGGCGCGCAACUGCACCGAUCCGUUCCCCGUGCAGCCCUCGCAACAGGAGCCGUGUACAUGCACGCCAGGGGACUUUGAUGUCAUCUACACGGCCUCUCGUGAUGGUGCCACCUGCAACAUGCAGUACCUGCCAGGCAACUGCACGGGAGCACAGCAGUCACAGCUCAUCCCCGUGGACAAGGUCUACUGCAGCCUACCGAAUGCGCCAUGCGGGGAGGCACACGUGGACGCCAUCUACUCCGACUGUGACUUCAUCCGUGACUCCCUCACUGGUCUCAACAUCUCCGCUACGCGUUUUGUUGAGGUGAUAUAUUUCUUCCGCCAGGAGUGCGACCCCUACAGACGAGGCUCCAUUCACCUGCCUCCCACCACCUUCAUUCCCUGUGACAUGCAGUGCGGGGCGGGGCAGUACCUGCACCAGGACCACUGCCACAAGUGCCCUGCAGGCACGUACAGCAUGGGGGGGAAGUGGCGGUUCCAAGACAUAUCUGAGAUCGACCCCCGCUACUUCAAGACGGAGUGCAGGUUCACCAACGCCACUGGCACGUUUGACUGCGACCCCUGGUACGCGGAUGAUGGAGCGUUUGAGGCGGGCGCAUACGACUACAUCAACGACUGGCUCCCGGAGGUGUGUGCAUCGGACCCGGCGUACAACUGCCACAACAACCUGCUCUCCUCGCUCUCCCUCGACGUGCACCUCGUGCGAGACGGGUACGUGAAGUUCAACUUCACAGUGAGUGCGGAGAUGGGCCAUGAUGGGCUCGCCUUCUACAUCGACUCUCUCUCCGAACCUCUCAUGGCGCUCACCUCUUACCAGUUUGAGCCGCGGGAGAUGGUGUUCCCGGUGGAGGCGGGGCAACACCGGCUGGUGUGGGUGUACAGCAAGGACGACAAGUGGAGCAAGGGGGAGGACAUCGCCACCAUCCCACACCAUCACGCCAUCAUCUCAUCCCCCCCUCCCCUCACGUGGCAGUACAUAGAGGUGGACGGGGUGGCCUUCAACGACUUCCUCUGCACGCCAUGCCCUGCUGGCUUCCACAGUGCGGAGGGCGCGGGUGCGUGUGAGCCAUGUCCCGAGAACACCAUCUCCAAGGAGGGGGCGUCAGAGUGCACGGCAUGUGGGAGCAGCGCAUAUGCGCGCAUCGUCCCCCGCACCGAGUGCAAGCCCCGCCUCCCAUGCAGUCUGAGCGAUUCCACCAUCACAUACACGCCAUGCCAGCUCGCCUCCAAGAAGCGAAUCAUGAAGUGGCAGUGGAUCCAGCCUCAGAUCUGUGACCCAUCCAACAUCACUCUGCCAAUGGACACGCCCCUUGACUGUGAGCCGUGCCCUGAUGGCCAGCAGGCAGAGCCCGACCCGCACUCAGGGGAGAUCCGCUGCACGCUCUGCCCUCCCGGCACGGCACGGCAGGCGAGCUACGAGGGGGGGGCGGGUAGCGCUGGCAGCAUGUUAGAGGGGCGGUGUGAGGCGUGCAGCUCAGGGCAGGUGGCGAUGAAGACCCUGUUGCUGAAGCACUUCACCAUGCAGCCCAACGGCGCCCUGCCCCCCAACUUCACCACCGGCUGCCAUGGUGACUGUGGCACCUUCGGCUGGAGGGCGUUUCAGGACCACCUCGACUCGGGCAGCGGCCACGGGCCCACUGCCACGAUCUGGCUGGCGUUGGAUGUGCAGAUGGCAGUGCGCGGGUACAUGACAUUCAACUACUCGGUCGACAUCCUCCCUGGGGACCCGGGCCGUGCCUUCUUCUUCUUUAUCGACCACGACCUCAUGGACUAUGUGGAGCAACAACGAGUGGAGUGGGAGGAGGGCGGGGAGGAGAGCGGGCACCCAGGGUCAGGGGAGGACGAGUAUCGCAUGAGUGGCAUGUGGGAGCUGGAAGUGGGGCGGCACUCGGUGAUGUGGGUGUGGCAGAAGCUGGAUGACACCGGCGCUGCUACCAGGACCACCCGCGACUCUGCAGUCAUCUAUGACAUCCAUGUGCGUGGCUGGGCAUGUGGUAUCCAAAUAGAGGGAGUGGCGGAGGGCGGUGCAGCGCGGUGUGAGGAGGUACCGCAGGGGACAGCGCUGACAGAGGGGGGCGACUCAUACGUGCCGUGUCCCCCCGGCACCUCCAGUGAGGGCGGUGCGUCCUCCUGCCUGCCCUGCCCGCCCAACACCUUCAACAACCAGCCCCAGCAUCCCAUUCCCGCCAUCCCCCCAUGCCUCCAUCCCUCCACCCGCCUGCUGACUGUCCUUGUGUGUCUCUUGCCUCCCGGUGCUUGGGGAGGGAGUGCAGUGGCCAUGCUUGCCGUGCGGCGCCAUCCCCCCAUCCCCCCGCCCCCCCAUGCCGCCAUGGGCGUGCAAUGCCUCCAAUUCUUCCAUGCAGCGAUGCUGCCAUGCCUCCAUCCCUCCACUCGCCUACCUGUGGCUAUCCUGUGGGCGUGCAUGCCGUGUGGAGCGGGCACGUCCUCCCUGGCGGGCAGCACGGAGUGCUUCAUCGGUGAUGCCGCCCACCCCGCCUCCUUCUGCACCUUCUCCCUGCCCCUCCACUCCAUUCCUUCUACCCCAUACCUCGGCCACGACGGCGGAGAGGAGCAGGCGGGGCAUGAGGGGGAACGUGGGGGGGUGGGGGAAGGGGGGAAGGAAGGGGGGGAGGGGGAGAGGGGGGUGGAAGGGGAAGCAGGGAAGGGGGGUGCAUUGUCCCCUGAUGGCAGUGGCACGGUGGCUGCUGUGGCAGGCAAUGGGACGGCAGCAGCGGUGGUGUUUGACCUCUCCCCCCUGUCUCGCAUGCACCCCGGCCGCAUGUUUGGUCCCGGGCGGGAGGAGGGGGGGGGUGGGCAGGAGGGGAGUGGGAGCAGCAAGGCGAGGGGGCGGCAGGCAGCGGAGUAUUUUGUGAGUGUGUGCGAUCGGGACAGCGGCAACGACACGUGCUACGAUUACUCGGGGCGGUCCCUCAACACCUACGCGUGCAAGGUGCAGUGCUGUGCCCACCCAUGCACACCCCUCACUGCACUGCACGUGCUGCAGUCUGUCCACAUUCCAACCAACCACAUGCUGCUGGCCAUGCACCUGGCUCUCGGCCUCACUACAGCACUCUACCCUCCUGCUCUCCAUCCUCCCCAUCUCCCCCACUCUCUCCUCCCCUGCACCCAGCCUGGGCAGCACAGUGGCGGUGUGGAUCCACGGGAGGCCAGAAGCGGAGCAUGGCCGGGGCACAGUCUAGGCAGCGCGGUGGCAGUGUAUCCGCUGGCAGCCGUGCAUGCAGGGCUGUACCGGCGGGGCCUGGUGAUGGCGUUCACAGGGGAUGAGUGCCCGCAGACCAACCUGCCACGAGAGACCAACCUCACCUUCAUCUGCCACGGGCAGCCAGAGGCAUGGACGGCAGAGGGGCAGAUGGCAGCGCUGAACCCGGUGCUGGGGUACCCGCAGUACGCACAACGGGGGGGAGCAGUGCAGCGCAUAGAGCACAGCGACUGCUCCUUCAGCCUCGUGUGGUACUCGCUGUUUGCGUGCCCGCUGUGCUCACAUGAGGACUAUGAGCGCGUGGAGACGGCUGAAUGCAUGGAUGAGACAAGGGCCACCUUCAAGUGGAAAUCGCCCCGGGUGUGUCAGCUGAACCCCUCCAACCCUUUACCCCCAGACGAGCCCUGUGAGCCGUGCAAGCCGGGCGACAUCAUCUGCUCGCAGGGCGACUGCGCCGAUGCCGACGGCAGCCACAACGUCACCUACUCGUGGCGCCAGCCGCACCACUGCAGCUCCACUCUCCCCGGUGCUGCCUCCCUGCCGGCACCGGAGCUGGUGGGGCCCUGUGAGCAGCAGUGGGUGUACGUGCCUUCGGAUGUGCUGUCUCCCAUGUGGAUUGCGCUGUUCGUGGGCCUGGCCGUGCUCAUUCUCGCGCACUACGGCUUGUGUUGCUUCCAUGUGAGAAAGUCCCGCUUCCUUUCGACCACCACAAUCACCCACGCAGUUCUCCGUGCGGCCGCGUUUGGCGGGCCGGCAGGCAGGAAGGCAGGCAUGGGGGUGGGCGACGCGUUGGUGAUCCAGACAGCGCUCAGCGUUACGCUCGCGUCGGCGGCGAGGCGAGCCGGAUGGAUCAGCUACCACCCGGAGAGGAUAGGCAACGAGAACGUGCGCAAGGCGGUGGACGUGGCGCUGCGGGCGGGCGACGGCAUCACCGCGCUGGGCUGUGCGGUGAUUGAUGCUGUGAAGAAGAUGGCUGGGCGUGGAGGAAACAGGCUGGGCCGACGGUGA